CCCUUUGUGCCGCACAUCCCCUUUGAUUUCUAUGUCUGCGAAAUGGCGUUCCCCCGCGUCAAACCCGCGGCCGACGAGACCGCCUUCAGCGAAGCUUUGCUGAAGAGGAACCAGGACCUUGCUCCGACCGCUGCUGAACAGGCUUCCAUACUUUCUCUGGUGACCAAAAUAAACAACGUGAUCGACAAUUUAAUUGUAGCACCAGGAACAUUCGAAGUGCAAAUCGAGGAGGUUCGCCAGGUGGGUUCCUACAAGAAGGGCACCAUGACGACGGGGCACAACGUGGCCGACCUGGUUGUGAUUCUGAAAAUCCUGCCCACCCUGGAAGCUGUGGCAGCCCUGGGAAACAAAGUGGUGGAAAGCCUGAGAGCGCAGGACCCCAGCGAAGUCCUGACCAUGCUGACCAACGAAACGGGCUUUGAGAUCAGCUCAGCCGACGCCACGGUGAAGAUCCUUAUCACCACGGUGCCGCCCAAUCUCCGCAAGCUGGACCCCGAGCUGCACCUGGACAUCAAAGUGCUGCAGAGCGCCCUGGCCGCCAUCAGACACGCACGCUGGUUCGAGGAGAACGCUUCCCAGUCCACGGUGAAGGUCUUGAUCCGGCUGCUGAAAGACCUGAGAAUCCGAUUCCCCGGCUUCGAGCCCCUCACCCCCUGGAUUCUGGACCUGCUGGGGCACUACGCCGUGAUGAACAACCCCACCAGGCAGCCCCUGGCGCUCAACAUCGCCUACAGGCGCUGCCUUCAGAUCCUGGCGGCGGGGCUCUUCCUCCCUGGCUCCGUCGGUAUCACCGAUCCCUGCGAGAGCGGCAACUUCCGAGUCCACACGGUGAUGACCAGGUGAUUGCCCUCCGCUGACAUGGUGUGCUACACCGCGCAGACGCUUGUCCGCAUCCUCUCUCACGGAGGCUACAGGAAAAUCCUGGGCCAAGAGGGCGAUGCCAGCUACUUGGCUUCUGAGAUGUCCACGUGGGACGGGGUGAUAGUGACGCCUUCCGAGAAGGCUUAUGAGAAGCCUCCAGAGAAGAAAGAAGGAGAAGAGGAAGAGGAGAAUCAGGAAGAACCCGCUGCAGGCGAGGAGGAGGAAAGCAUGGAGACGCAGGAGUGA